UCUUUACUUUUCACUUCCGGGUAAAAGAAUGAACAAGAGUUCUGGAGUAGUUUUCGACAUUCAUCAUAGAUUAGGAGUACAUAUGGCUUUUCUCCCAGUAUCUACAAUUCUAACAAUUUAAUAGAGAACCACAAAACUGUGCGUAAUGGCUGCAAAGAGCCGUUUCAGUGUAAUAAGUAAAGACAAGCUGCAGACUUACGACAAUGCUCUGCUUGGGAGUGGAGGCUUUGGCUUUGUUGUAAAAGCUAAACAUGUUGACUGGAGCCUGGAUGUCGCAGUCAAGUGUGUUUGCUCCAAGCAGACUAUGACAGAAAAGCAACAGAAAGAUCUAUACCUUGAAGCAGAAAAACUGGAAGCUGCAAGAUUCAAAUACGUCAUCCACUUCUAUGGGAUGUGUAUUGAGCCUACGUUCUACUGCCUCAUCAUGGACCUGGCCGAGAACGGGAGCCUGAAGGUCCUGCUGGGGGUGGACAUCCCCUGGCCGCUCAGGUGGAGAAUAGCCUUUGAGACAGCGGUGGGGAUGAACUUCCUACACAACCUGGCACCCAGGAUUCUGCACUGUGAUCUCAAGUCUGAGAACAUCUUGUUGGAUGAAGAAUACCACGUUAAGAUUACAGAUUUUGGACUUGCCAGAUGGAAAAGCGUCACGGGUGUGACAUCUAUAGCUGAUCAAGGCAUUGCAGGGGGCACAGUUACACAUAUUCCCCCAGAGUCCUGGGAAGAUAUCAACUGUAAACCUGACACUCCUUGGGAUGUUUACAGCUAUGGUGUUGUACUGUGGGAAAUCCUUGCAAGGAAACAACCAUUUGAGCAUGCUCAUAACUCAGCCCAUAUUGAGAUUGCUGUGACUGGAGGACAAAGACCAGAUGAAAGUCUCAUUCCAACAGAACCCCAAGAAUGUGUGGACUUUAGUCGCCUGAUGAGAAAAUGCUGGUCUCAGAAACCUGAGGACAGACCUAGCUUCAAAGAUUGUGUAGAUACCAUAGACCCGAUCUACCAUAGAUACAAGCAAGAGGUUCCUUCUGCCAUAGCUGCCUUACAAAGUGGGUCAUCAAGCAAUAAUACUGCUGGGUCGAAGUCAAGUGUUUCAUUCGCACAAGCUAAACUGGCUGACCUGAAGCUUGAGGAGGUGGUCAGACACUUCACUGGUGGGGCAGCACCUCAGCUGGAUGAAGCUGUGCCCAUUCAAGUACAGUCUGGCCGGGGGGGUCAGUACCAGCCACAGCAGUCUGGCCAGGGGGGUCAGUACCAGCCACAGCAGUCUGGCCAGGGGGGUCAGUACCAGACACCACCAGUAGGGGGAGCCUGGGGUGGUGGUGAACCCCAGGGAGCCCACAAUAUCCCAGGUGUAGGUGCAGGAAUGAAUAUCAACAUGGAGAGCUGUCAGAAUGUCAUCAUUGGAGAUGGUAAUGUUCUCAAUGUAAACUAUGGAACACAGCCUUCCAGUGCUAAAAGGAAAAACACUCCAAUGCCAAAAAACUCAGCACCUCAAGUUUCAAACCCAGAGAGGCCAGUGACCAACAAGAUGUUUCAGGCAGUUUCUGCCCACAUCGGCAGGGAGUGGAAAAAGCUGGCACGUGAGCUGGACCUGACGGAGCCACAGAUUGAUCAGGUGCAGUAUGACUACCACCAUGAGGGCCUGCUGGAAAUCACCUACCAGAUGAUGAUUAAGUGGAAGCAACAGAAUGGCAAGCAGGCCACAGUUGGCAAACUGGCUCAGGCCUUUGGCAAUAUUGGCAAAGGUUACCUUGCCAAGGACCUGUAGCACAGUCACAGUAGGCAGCAAUGUGAGGUCAUCAUUCUCUACCACAUGAUGAAGAAGUUUCCUGUUAGGAGAUGGAAUCUGCCAACAUCAUGACUACUAUUGCUCUAGUCACCAUCAUAAUGAUGCUUAAGUGUUGAAUGCCAUUGAAUGCAGUCUUCUCUCCCAGUUGUAGUCAUAAAAACAGCCAUGCGGCAUGCAUGGUUAAAAAGAAUUUAUUGUCUUUUACUGUGAGGCGUAAGUCCCCUACUGGUGGAGAAUGUGUCUUACUGACAUUUGCAACAGAUGAUUGUAAAGAUAUAGCUGCCUGACAAUUUCAUCCAAUGAGAAAGGCUAUGUAUGAAUAAGUCAUCCGCUGCUCUGAUGGUAGCCCUUACCGGGUGGUUUAUGCAAGGAGAAAUUUAAUUCCUUGGUUGAUGUAGAUGUAGAUGUAAUGAUUGAAUGACACAAAAUCUCUAAAUCAUAUCCUUUACAUAACUCCACUUCUUGUAAUGUCUGCACUGCUAGUAAUGUCUUCCUAAGAGGCUUUUUGAUUUAAAACAAUGAUGAUGAGACCAUGAUGUACAUGUUUUCUGAAGGAAAAAAGAUUUUUAGAAUGUACCUGCCUACCUGUAACCUGGAAUCCUGUCAAACGUGGAUUGGUCGGGCUUUCUUUGGGGCAAGAGAGGCUUUUCCCCAUCUAGGUCUUUAUCUAGUCUCUAUCAGACUGAAUAUGCUGGCUAUUACAGGGAGAAUAAUAGGGGAGUUUUGCUACCAGAGGAGUUGGUCAGCUGACUCCCCUGGCCAAUUUUCUGAUUUUUUGCCAAAUUCUAUGAUCCCCGUACUCCAUGUAAGAAGGCCUGGUGGAAGCUAAUCUUUAGCACUUGGAAGUAGUUUUAGGCAGCUUGGGUUUGGCCAAACUACAUCGAUGCCAAAUUUAACUUCUACUGCAACCUGGUGGGAAAGAUUACCCCAGCAACAGAAAGCUCCAUCUACACCAACCCAUCUUAGACUGGAUGCCAGGUUAGCCUACCUGACAUAAUGUAAGUAGUAUUGUAAGCAUAUUUUAAACCAAUGGUGAGGCAGUUCUCAGUUUAUGAUAUGAAAUUGCUAUUUAUGGCAGCCAUAAAAUAUACCGGGUAGGCUUUAAAAAAAUUGCUUGCACAAGCAAUACCCUCCUUGUAAUCAGGAAACUGGACAUGGUGAAAUAAGGAACAAUCUUAAGUUUUUCAACAUGAAAGUCAAGUUCAGAGAUUGGCAACAUUAAUUGAGGUGCCUGUAGCUAGUGCUGUAUCCUUGGAUUGACAUAUCUGGAAGAGGAAUGUUUCCAAUAACAUUGUAUAAAGAUAAGUGAGAAUUCAAUUGACUUUAUUGGAAAUAUACCAACUACAUGUACAAUGUAUGCCAUGCUCAAUGCCACACAUAAGUCAUAAUCUGUAUAUUACAAUCAAUCAGGCACAAUUUCUGCAUUUGGUUAUUGAUUUUGUAAUUCGUGAAUAAUUUUGGCUCACCCUAAAGACUAUGAACGUUGAUAACAUCAGAUAAGUUAUUUAUUUCAGGGAUUAAUUCUGACUCUGCACACUUUUGUCCGCCUGAGGUAUCACCAGGCGUACAGGGUCAUCUUGAUGUAGAUUCUCCAAAGAGCCAUCUCCAAGGAGACCCUUGUUUUGAUGUAUGGGAUCUUAGGAAUGUUGCAGAUUGGCAGCAUUCCAUAGAUCUGUAUCUUUACCUUUGUCAUGAAUAGUUGGCUCCAGGAUUGACUAAUGCCCAAGUAUGGUAAAACUUUUUCAAAGGGACUUGCUGGAGAUUGAGUGCAUCUGAUGCACAUAGAACCAAAUUUAAGAAAAUCGCUCACUCACUCACUCACUCACUCACUCAGUCUCAUAGGUAGUAGAACUUGAAGUAGGGAAGGUCUAUCUGUCCACAAAAUAUUUCAAGUUGUUUUUUUUUCACUGCUGACUGAGGUUUGAGGUCUCCACAGUUAUUUCAAGGGCAUGAUCCUCAACUAUUUGUAAGAACAUUCCUUUUUCUUUUUAUCUAGUGUCCUUUCAAACGUUUGGUGCUUUGAAGCAGGAAAAAGAGAAUUGCCACUAUAUGUGGAAUAUGGAACAAAUGGUAGAAGGCAUCAGUGUUUUAGGUAUGCAAUUUGUGUAUUUCCAAAUCACUAGUACUAUACAUGUAGCAAACAUAUACACCAUGCAUUCAUUCAUAUACUGAUAGCUUACCGUCUGGUAUGCCUGAAUUGAGCAACCCUCCAAUCCAGCGUCCAUCCAUCAAGGAAAGGUAUUGAUGCCAAUCACAUGGAUUGUGACCAGAUGACACUUCUGUUGAUCUGUCUUGAUCGAGUGUCAUCUGAACAGAAGUGUUUGACAGAGAGGGCGGAUAUUGUCCACGGUUACUGUAUCUGAUUAAUAAUCAACAUUGUUGGGAAGUCUUCAGGUUCCCAGAUUUGUUCUUCCUUGGUGUUUCAGUGCACACUUUGAGUAUUUGACCACAACAGAUGUGUGAUAUUGUUGCACAUUGUAUCUGAAACAAAGACUAAUUGAUAAGGUUCCUAGGAUCAUUUGUGAAGUCUUCAGGUUCCUGGAUAUGUUAUUCCUUGGUGUUUCAAAGAACACUUUGUGUAUUUGACCACAACAGAUGUGUGUUAUUUUUGCACAUUGUAUCUGAAACAAAGACUAAUUGAUAAGGUUCCUAGGAUCAUUUGUGAAGUCUUCAGGUUCCUGGAUAUGUUAUUCCUUGGUGUUUCAAAGAACACUUUGUGUAUUUGACCACAACAGAUGUGUGUUAUUUUUGCACAUUGUAUCUGAAACAAAGACUAAUUGAUAAGGUUCUUAGGAAGCCUCUAAACCUACUGUACUCAUGCAAAGUACCUUUGUAUUGCAAAGAAUGGGAUCAUCCUUGUAGGUGGUGUUUUUCAGGGUGAUGAUAGAAAUUAAUGGAUCUUCUUAUCUUUUGUUUGACAAAGAAGCCAUGCCAUGUUCAUGAAUAUUGCAUCACAGAAAGUCCCUUGAUCACUAAUUAGUCUAAUAGACUGCCUCAACUCUUAGCACUUCUUUAGUCUUGCAUCAAGUAAUUUGCUGUAAUUAAUUCUGUGUAAAGAAAAGGGCAGUAUAGGUUAUUCUAGUGCCACUAGAUUUGGUUCAACUUGCACAUGGACCAAGGAGGUUCUUGCAUGACUAUAUCCUGGCAACUCUCUUUACCUUCCUGAUCGAAGCAAUAUUUGAAGUAAUUACAGCAAGCUAUUUAUGUCAGAUUUAGUUUUACAAUUACAAAUGAUAAGGGUGAACCGUGGCUGAGAAUAAGUAUUAGAAAAAGAAUGUCUUGUUAUUUUUAACAGGAACACAUGUCCUAAUAAACAUCUAUUUCUACUGUAUUAUAAAUUUUAUGUCACAAAGAAGAUAAACUUGUGUUGACACAUUUCAUCAUUUUCAAAUGAAGAUUCCACUAAACAACAUGCAAGUUGUUGAGUGUGUAUGUAUAAAAUUGACCACAAAUAUGUCAAGUUUAUGUAACGUUAUAUGAUACACGUAUGUACAGUAACUUUACAUGGCCUUGUGAUAUUAAAGAAGCAGUUUUUAUUAAAUGAAAUCAAAAGUCGUUGU